GUAAGACUUGUUGGCGACAACUGAGAUCACCCAGAAUUUCGAACCAUGUUGCAAACCCCAAUGGAUCCAUCCGUUGGGCCAAAUAUAUCUAAUGACUCGGGAAACUUUUUCCAGUCAGAUCGCGAUAUAGAGCUGGAACGAACGAGACAACUGAAGAAAGCACAAAGUUCAGGCAAAAAUGCAGCCGGACAGCCCAUUGCGAUGCCAUCCAAGGUACUUUCUUUCGCACUUGUCAAGAAUGGCACGACGCAGGCAUACGUGGCGGAAUCUGGCCAUGUAGCAAGGAAGAUUGACUUAAAGACUGGCACGAGCCUGAAUGUCUUUAAAGGUCACACAGGUCCUGUAACAUCAGUAGCUGUUGGAUACGACGAACAGGAUGAGGAUGUCUUUAUAGUUACCGGAUCUUGGGAUAAGACGAUUCGAAAAUGGGAUACCAAGACUGCGACAACUAUUCUUACAUUCAACGGGCAUUCUGACUUUGUCAAACGAAUAGUAAUCUUUGGAAAUCGGCUUUACAGUGCAUCCAGUGACAGUACAAUAAGGCAAUGGGACUUGGAAACCGGCGAAUGUCUACGCGUCUUUAAGGAGCACACUCGUGCUGUAGAAGACAUUGUUUUGACCGAGGAUGGAAGGAUACUAUUUUCUGCCUCGUCAGAUACGACCAUCAAGAAAUGGGAUACAACGACGGGUCAGGUUCUGGCAACCUUAUCGGGUCAUCUUACAUCGGUUUAUGCCUUAGUUCUUCAGGAAGGAUCUUUGUGGUCAGCCUCGGCUGAUAAAACCGCCAAACGAUGGGAUCUUGAGACAAAUCUUCCGGAUUCAAGUUUUGAACAUCCAGACUUUGUUCGUUCGCUGGCGGUUUUCCCAGGUGGUGCUCAUUUGGCCACAGGCUCGAGAGAUGAGAACGUACGCUUGUGGGAUGUUGCAAGCGAGAAAUGUGUAAGAACGUUGUCUGGACACUAUGGGGAGGUAUCGGACAUUAAACGCCAGGGGUCAACAUUAUGGUCUGCGUCGCUAGAUGGCACCAUACGAAGUUGGAGCAUAACUGAACAAGACUUCAAAGGGGGUCCAGAGCCAAUAGUUGAGGAUAUCCCCAUUGAACCUGUGAAACUUCAGAAGAAAUCCUCAAAGAGCGUAAAGUUGACUGAUGAGGAGGAGAGAGAACUUGCUGAAUUAAUGGGCAGUGACGAUGACUUGUAAAUAAGGUUGAAAUUUAGUUGCAGUUAAUUACAUGGAGAAUAAAUUAAGUAUCCCGGAA